AUGGUGAUCUCUUCGCAGCGCCCGGCCGCCGGCACGGCCGCCACACCGGCCACAGCCCCCGCCGACGCCGCCGCCGUGUUCGUCACGGCCACCGGCUGCAUGUUGCAGACGGCGGUGGCCGCGACCGCCAACAACACGGCCGCCACUAGUGUCGGCGUUGAGCACAUAUCUGCGACACUUCUCGGUACGGUAACGUCCGGCGCGCGCGUCCGCGGUUGUAGUCCAACAAAAAUGGAUCCUUUUCACGCUCGAGUUCUGCGUGACGACGACGAUUCCGAGUGGUUACGAAACUUCAUGACCGGUAUCUUAACACCUGAAACACACGGAUAA